AUAAUGUAACCACUAAAUUAAAUGUCUCUAAAAAGUGUCACAGCGGUGUUUUUCAGUUUGUGUUCAUUUCAUUGUCUUUGUGUCUCAGCUGAUCUAACCAUGGGGAAGGAGAGUCUGCCCAGCUGGGCUCACCAGGACUCUGACGAGGGUCUCGUCCACGUGAACGUCGGAGGUCUGAAGAGGAGCCUCUGUUCCAGCACGCUGAAGAAAUUCCCAGACACCAGACUGGGAAAGCUGCUGGCAUGUGACUCAGAGGAGGCCAUACUGCAGGUGUGUGAUGACUAUGAUGUGCAGGAGAAGGAGUUUUACUUUGAUAGGAAUCCCGGCCUGUUCCCUUACGUCAUCCACUUCUACCAAACUGGCAAACUUCACAUCAUGGAGGAGCUGUGCGUCUUCUCCUUCAGCCAGGAGAUCGAGUACUGGGGCAUCAAUGAGUUCUUCCUGGACAGUUGCUGUAGUUACCGUUACCACGACCGCAAACUGGAGAGCAGCCGACAUCGUAGCUGGGACGAUGAGAGCGACGCCAGCAGUGUAGACACAUCUGUGGACGAGAUAUCCGACUUAAACAAAGACAUGCAGCACUUCCAGGAAGUGCGUUAUGGGAACAUCAGGAAGUGUUUGUGGUUGACGCUGGAGAACCCGGGAUACUCCAUCCCCAGCAAGCUCUUCAGUCUGCUGUCCAUCGGAGUGGUGCUCACAUCCAUCUCCACCAUGUGUAUCAACAGCAUGCCAGAGUAUCAGACUUUUGAUUCUGAUGGAAAGUUGAUUGAAGAGCCGACCAUGCAGGCGCUGGAGGUGUUCUGCUCCUGCUGGUUCACCUUCGAGGUCGUCACGCGGCUGCUGCUCGCACCAAACAGGAAGAAGUUCUUCCAUCACCCUCUGAACAUCAUUGACAUGGUGUCUGUGGUUCCCAUCUACGUCACUCUGCUCUUUGACAUGACUCUGGGAUCCGAGUCCGAGCUGGGCAACCUGGGACGACUCAUACAGGUGUUCAGGUUAAUGAGGAUCUUCAGAGUGUUAAAGUUGGCCCGACACUCGACAGGCCUGCGAUCACUGGGAGCAACACUGCGGCACAGCUACCGUGAGGUGGGCAUCCUGCUGCUCUACCUGGCCGUGGGAGUGUCCGUCUUCUCGGGUAUCGCCUACACUGCUGAGUAUGAAGAGGUAAAGUUUGACUGA